GGAUAAUUGGUAACAACAGUUUAUAGCAGAUACCCAUGGCGGAGCUACCGGUGAUCGACAUGGCAUACGACUGCGACGUGUAUGAGCCGGCAGAAGACACGUACUUGUUUGUGGACGCAUUGCAAGAUGAACUACCGCAGCUGGUGACGCUAGACCCGGCGAUUUGCGUUGAGAUCGGAUGUGGAAGUGGCGCGGUGUUUGUGUACUUGGCAACGCAAUUACAAAAGCUGGGGACGAGAGCGAUGUACUUGGCAACGGAUAUCAAUCCUUUAGCUGCUGGUGUCGCGCGACAGACAGCAACGAACAAUGGAGCAGAAGCGUUUGACAUCGUACGCACCGACUUGCUGCAAUGCUACGAGCCACGGAUACAUGGACAAGUUGACGUGUUGCUGUUCAAUCCGCCGUAUGUGCCGACUCCAUCGGAGGAGGUUGGAUCUACAGGAGUUGAAGCUGCGUGGGCGGGUGGGCUCCACGGACGUGAAGUUAUUGACCGUUUGUUACCUAAGAUCAACGAUUUACUGUCACCGCGAGGAGUUUUCUACAUGGUUGUCGUUGUGGAGAACAAGCCAAAGGAAAUUGCUGCUAUUCUCGCGAAAGAUGGCUUCGAAAUGACGGUUGUUCGGUCCAUCAAGGCCAAAAACGAGCGACUUUCAAUCUUGAAGUUUACGCGGAAGGCUUUAUAACUACAAACUCGUGCUUAUUUUGCAGUAGAACCGAGGCGGCUCGUGUAGUUAUCGCGCUUUCAACCACCCGGCAAUAAAAUGCUACAGUACCAGUUACAACCUCACGCUUAUAUUGACGCAUUCUCGCAAGGUGUUCCUAU